CCUCUAAUAUGGUAUAUCCGCAGCCAUUUAUUGUGAGUAAUUUUUUCCAAGAAAUCGAUAAUGUGAUUAAAAAAUAUGUCAUAAAACUGAUUCACAAUGCACAUUAUAAGCAAAUGUGCGAAUUCAUAUGUUAUAAGGCAUUUCAAGUGAAUUUAAAUGAGAUUUUUACUUUUGAUGACGAUAUUUUUGAGCCAUUGGUCAUUGAAUUUCAAGAGUCUGAAAUUCCUACUCCUUUACAAGCAGAUGAAGUAGAUGAUGAUCGCGAAAUAUAUUUACGAUCAUUGAUUGAGCGUGUUAAUCAAAAUGAUAUAUUGAAAAUCUGA